CUGUGACACUCCUGCCAGUGGAAGUCCAGUCCUCUCUCCUGCUGCAUAGAGCCGCUCCAUCAGAGACUAGGGUGAGGUUAUAGAGUUACAUGCUAUAAAAUAUCCUGUGACAAGAGAAGAGAAAGUGACCUGCAGGUGGAUUUAAAAAGUCUGUGUUCACCGCUCAGAUUCGCAGCUGCACACCUGAGCACGCUCCGCCAUGUCGGACAACGAGGAGGUGGUGGAGGAGUACGAGGAGUAGGUUGAAGCUUAAGAGGAGGAAGAGGAGACUCCCGAAGCAGGGGAGGAAGAGGUAGAGGAGGAGCAGGAGGAGGAGGAGGAGGCUGAGGAAGAGGCUGCACAGGAGGAAGACACACCUGCUGCAGAGGAGGCCAAUGAUGAUCAAGGAGGAGAAGGCGAAGGCGAAGCAGAGGAGGGUGAAGAGGAAGAAGCCAAACCGAAAUUCAAGCCUUUUAUCAUGCCAAACCUCAUCCCUCCUAAGAUCCCAGAUGGAGAGAAGGUGGAUUUUGAUGACAUACACCGUAAGAGGAUGGAGAAGGACCUGAUGGAACUGCAGACUUUGAUCGAGGUCCACUUUGAGAGCAGAAAGAAGGAGGAAGAGGAGCUCAUUAACCUAACAGAAAGAAUUGAGAAGCGUCGUUCUGAGCGAGCGGAGCAGCACCGGAUACGCAGUGAGAGAGAGAAAGAGCGCCAAAAACGUCUCGAGGAGGAGAGAGCUCGCAAGGAGGAAGAAGAGGCCAAGAAACGGGCUGAAGAUGAUGCAAAGAAGAAGAAAACCCUGACCAGCCUCCACUUUGGAGGUUACAUGCAGAAAUUGACAGAGAAAAGAAGUGGCAAGAGGCAGACAGAGAGGGAGAAGAAGAAGAAGAUCCUGAAUGAAAGGCGUAAAUGUCUCGACAUCGACCACUUGAGUGAAGAAAGACUCAAAGAGAAGGCUAAAGAUCUGUGGGAGUGGAUGCACCAGCUGGAAGCUGAGAAGUUUGAACUCCAGUAUCAGUUCACCAGGCAGAAAUAUGAGAUUAAUGUGCUGAGAAACCGCGUGAGUGACCAUCAGAAAACAUCCAAGAGGUCCAAGAGAGGCCUGAGGAAAUAGAUGCUAUUGUUCCAAAUGAGCAGUCCCAGAAACAUCAGCUGCCUCAAAUCAAGCACUGGCUCCCGUGCCACAGCAAAGACCCAGCCCUUUCCCUGAAACCACUACCUCCAGUGCCAAUCAAGCAGGAACCUGCUUUCACAGCCCCUUCUUAUUCUGAUCCAAGUGUUAAAGGGUGUAAAUAAAGCUGUCAAAAUCAAA